AACUCAUUAUGAAUAACAUCAGCAAAAGUUGUUAAGCUGUUCACACAUAGAAGUCCACCAUUCUUUUUGUGUUCCUGUUUUAUUGACAACUCAAAAGUUAGAUGCUGCAAUACAUGAGUGGCGAUCAGAAGGUAAAAUAGCCGUCUGGCUGCAUAUUCCCAUCCUCCAAAGCCGAUUUAUUGCCCCUGCUGCUUCCCUGGGCUUCCGCUUUCACCAUGCAGAAUCGGACUCAUCAAUGCUGACCCUGUGGCUGGGAGAAGGGCCCAGCAGAUUACCAGCGUAUGCCACACAUCAAGUAGGAGUCGCAGGAGCUGUAUUUGAUGAGAGUACUAGAAAAAUAUUGGUCGUACAAGAUCGAAAUAAAGUGAAAAAUAUGUGGAAGUUUCCAGGAGGCCUGUCAGAGCCUGGAGAAGAUAUUGGAGAUACAGCAGUUCGAGAAGUUUUUGAAGAGACUGGUAUAAAGUCAGAAUUCAGGUCCCUCCUGAGUAUUCGACAGCAGCACAGCCUUCCCACAGCCUUCGGGAAGUCAGAUAUGUACAUCAUCUGCCGCCUCCAGCCACAUUCCUUCACCAUCAACUGCUGCCCGCAGGAGUGUCUCAGGUGCGAGUGGGUGGACCUGGUGGACCUGGUCAGGGCUGGAAACACAACUCCCAUCACCAGCAGAGUGGCCAGGCUGCUGCUCUACGGGCACAGAGAAGGGUUUGACAAGGUAGACCUCACCGUGGAGGAGCUUCCAGCAGCGUCCACAGGCCUGCUCUAUAAGCUCUAUCACAGGGAACUGCCAGAGGAGUGUGCACUGUGACAGGAGCGCACUGAACCCACACCGACGUGUGUUAGAAAUUUUAAGGAAACUGUCAAUGUUGAUUAAUAUAUGCCAGAUAAUAAAAUGUCAUGAACACUUGGGAUUAUUAAAUAUUUGAUGGUAAUUUUCUAAUGCCUAUGAUUUCCUUGUUGAAAAUUCACAUGUAAAGACACUUCAGAACCUUUUCAAAUAAUAUAAAUGUAAGAAAAACAUAAUCUAGGUAAUCUUCAUUGAGUAACAGCAGAUGCUAUAUAAAAAGAGAAAGUUUACACAUU